AUGUCGGUAUCUCGUCAUGAAAUCGAGAAAAUCAAGAAGCUCCGUAACAGCUCCGUCGUUCUACCUGACGGUGGCUACAUGGCAAGCAUAGGGGGUUUCCACCAAAUGCACUGUCUCAACGUUAUCCGGAAAGCCACCUAUCUGGACUACUAUACUGUUCAUGAACCAGAUUUCUUCACAGAGCCAAGUGCACGAAAACAUGUUGGUGCGGUUUAUCUUGCAAGACCGUUGAUGUAUAUGGACUAA